GUAGUGACGCCUCUUGCACCGAGCUGCAGUGCCUUAGUCCACUGCACCACUCGGGUGCCCCUUUUGUACUUUUUAAACUACUGAGCUUUUAGUCCUUUAUUCACUUUCAUAGUUUUUAUUCAAUAUUCUAAAGGUCCUAUUGUGACAUCAUCAACUCCCAGACUUCCAACAUCCAUUCACGGUGAACAAUCAAACUUUUGACCCAAAUCGGCAACUUUGACCACUUUUCCAGCACUUUAGAUAAAAACCUAGAGGGUAUGACAUUGAGGUCUACUUCUCUGGUAUUUAAAUCUGGAACCAGAACAUAAUUAUCUACUACCAAUCAAAAGUUACAGCUGUUUGUCUCAUCCUUCAGCAGCCCAAACGGAGUUGUUGCUGUGAAUACCAAUGCAUUUCAAUGGCAGAAAAAGGGGCCAUAGACUAGAAUGGUACAAAAAUGUUUUUUUGUUUUUGUUUAGACCUCCUCUUUCACCAUUUUAAGCAAUCAACUCCAAACCAACGUUGACAGGUUCGGUCUGACCAUACUUAGAUUGCUUGUCAAUUUAAAAAAAAAAACAUAACCAUUUUCAAUUUGCAUAAAUUAACAUCGGUUUGAAUGAGAACCAUAGGAAUACAGAGGUAGCUAUUGAAAACGGUCUUGCUCCUUGGCCAAUUAAACUACCAGACCAACAUUAAAAUGUUCAGGCUAUGCUAACUUAAAAUUAUUUUAAACUCUUAUUGACUAUAACUAUAUACAUUUGCAGAAAUUAGCAUAAAAUAACUCACCUACAGUAAACUCUUGAACGUUCAAGAUAGACCAAACCAACUUUAACAUGUUCAGGCCAUUGUAACUUGAAAUGAUUUAAAACAUUUAUCAACUAUAACUAUAUAAAUAGUUAACUUUUUAUACUUCUUCCACUACCACAAAAUACUUUUAGAGCUAAAGCAAGCUCCACAACUUUACUUAAUGUAAAGUUACCAAUGGUUUUUUUCUCCAUUUACAAUAUUCUAAUUUGUAAAAACAAAAAAUGAAAUGUUGUUAGCUAGGAGUCCCAUUGGCUAUUUAUCCAUUAUAUUUAUAGAUUAUUAUAUUUUGUUGUGCUUUCUCUCUUUCAGUUCGUUUUGAGAAUACUAACCCUUAGCCUACUCGUAUAUUUACUUAUUUUUAACUGAAGAAAUAUAUUUCUUCUAUUUAAAUUCAGGUUGUUUGCGGAUUCUGUAUUUUUGUAUUUGAAUAUAAUAGUGAAAUAUUUUUUAGAGGACAAGGAAGGCGGAUUUUCAAAACAUUAGAUUCAUUUUAGUAGCACCUACAACAUGAUAGAGCAACGGGUGGCAACGUUGAAAGGUAGAACUAACAAGUCGUGUGUGUAACCAAUUUUUAUUUAAAAACCAACCUUUAUUUUGAAAAACAAUUCAGGAAGUAGCCUUCGUUUUGUUUCCGGAAUGAAUUUCUGUGUGUGUAGUCUACCGUCUACAUUGUGAACUUUGAAUUCUCAAAUCGUUGACUGAAUACUGCAAUUUACUAUAACAUAAUUGUUUAACAUUUACAUAGUUCCAAGGACAUGUGCGAUAGCGUCGCCUUUCAUGCUCAGCUAGCUUCAAUAAUUGAGGUUUUGGCGAAUGCAGCCGUUGCCGAAAUAUGUAAACUUGUAGAUGACGGCCAUGCUGCCUUACGUUUGGAAAUUUCACAUAGUCAGAAAGAAAUCGAUAACCUGCGGAGGAAGCUGCUUUUGACAAAAUACCAGAAUUCUCAACGGGGCGCAGAGAAAUUCGGAGCCCUGCGACGCACAGUUCACAGGCGCGACACCGAUCUUGUUGCCCGAGCAAGAGCGAGCUUCGUUGGAAAGUCAACAGGCAGACAUGGAUAUUUGGAGAAUCGUUUUUCCUACAGUGAAGGGGACAACUUUACAAAGGAUGUCACGAACUGGAAAGACUCAAGAUGCACAGCGACAGACCAGGAUGGGGGCAUGCAGAUGGCAGAUAUGCAAGAGUCACCUCUUAUCAAAAUGGAGAACCUUGGCACCAGCAGAACAGAGAUUGUCCAACUGGUCAGUGAGAGCAGUGAGACGGUUGUGCCAGAACCAGGUUCUUCAUCAUCUACUGAAACCACAGACCUUCUGGACCAGCAGGGCAACAGACACAGAGCUCCAGACACCUCACUCAAUAUAGAACCUGAAAACCAGACGUUCCAGCAUCCAGCAUCACAAUACAGCAGAGCGAGACAGGACCAUCAGGUUGCUGAGUGUGUGACCUGGGAAACUGACCAUCAACCCAUAUCAUACAGCCUGUCUCAAUGGACAGAGAACCAAGAGACUGACAACCCAACUGUGAAUGCUCCUCACAAUGCCGGGCCAGACUCCAAGAGGCUGUCUGGACAUCCAGAGAGGAGAGGGGCGUCUGGUAACUCUGGGGUCUGCAUGUCUGCUUUGGGCUCUCUGGACUGGGUGUCUGAUGUGGUGAUUGUGGACUCAGUUCCCAUUAAAGUGGAGGCAGAUAUGAGUUCAGAAUGGAGCAUAACUGACCAAGAGGUGACAUCUGGAGAGGUCUGUUCAGACAGCAGGCAGCUUGUGGACAACAGAGGAAGAGGGGGAAUGGAGUCUGGACAGACAAAGUGUCCCUCUGACACUCAACAUCCAGAGCAAGGGACAACUGUAGGAUCAAGGUCAAAGAUUCCAGAUUUCAACAGACUGUCCUCCCUAAACAGCUUUUCAUCCCCAAGGGUUACUCUCCACCAGGUUCCCCAAAGAGGGAAGCAAGCCCCCUUCCUGAAUUUUAACAGAGGCUCCAAUUUUUCAUCGAAAGGCAAAGAAAAGCAGCCACAACAGCUAACGUCUCACUCCACCCAGAGGCAGCUCCGGUGCAGCCUCUGUGGAAAGCCCUUCCCUCAGCCGGCUCAACUGCGGAGUCACAUGCGGGUCCAUACGGGGGAGAAACCGUACGGCUGCAGCCACUGCACCAAGCGCUUCUCCCACAGGCACCAGCUGAAGAUGCACGAGAGGGUUCACACCGGAGAAAAACCAUUUCACUGUGUCUACUGCGGGAAGUGCUUCACCCAGUCCAGUCACAUGAAGAGGCACCUCCUCGUCCACACUGGUGGCAGGCCACAGGACAUGGUGCUGCCCUGAGUGUUCCAGGGUGAAGUUUCCCCUUGGGGUGAACCAAAGAACAGCAAUUACGAAUGCAGGAAGCUCUGGACAGGUGCCUGGGUGAGCUAGGCCUGUAGGUGGUCGAGAGUGCGCUGCUCGGCUCGUCUCGUACCUGGACAUAGGGAGGAGGAGGGUGCAGGGAAGAGCGUGACGAUGACAGUAACUUUCUGGACAUCGACAUGGCUUAAGAGAAAAGCCACAGGUUCCCUGGGUGCCAGCACACUCCUGGCCCUUGAAACAAAUCUGGCGACCAAGCAGGUGCAACGCGAGAGUGCUGACCUGGAAUGCUUCCUCUGGAGUCGCUGGUGUGGAUCUUCCGGGACGUGCUGCAUGUGGACGGGAAGAGAGGCUACUGGAACCUGUCUCUGGUCACAGCGGAACCUUCGUACCAUCCUGAGCAAGCUGUCAUCAAGGCAAAGAGUGGCUACUUUGAAGAAUAUAAAAUAUAUUUUCAUUUGUUUAACACAUUUUUUAGUUACUACAUGAUUCCAUAUGUUAAUUCAUAGUUUGUCUCCACUAUUAUUCUACAAUGUAGAAAAUAGUACAAAUAAAGAAAAACCCUUGAAUGAGUAGGUGUGUCCAAA